AUGCAGUGCUUGCAGGCCGCAGAUGCCGGCCUGGCAACUCGAGAACUCGAGCGCGCGGCUGAGGCAGCAAUCUUGGAGGAUUUGGAGCUGACCUCCCCUGUGCAAGCUGCAAAGCUCUGGAGGUUGCCGCAGCGCUUGGACGAUGGCAGCUACAAUCCCGCAUGGUUGGCGGCCAGGCGCUGGAGGCUGACGGCAGGCAGGUUUUACUCGGUCCGCCGGGUCGGGAAGCACAAGGAACUGGCCAAGAAUUGGUUGGACCACUGGUGGUACCGUGGCCAGGAGAGGCUGAAUCAUAAGAUCAACAGGUCUCAUGACUUUGAGGACCGGGUGCUCUGUAAGUACCAACGACAACAUGGCGAGGGUGUGCAGCAGGUGGGUCUCUUUGUCCACCCCGAGUUACCUUGGCUUGGAGCCUCCCCAGACGGGCUUCACUUGGUUGACGAGAAGCCUUUGCACCUCAUCGAGGUGAAGAGCAUGAGGACAUUGCUUGGCAGAAGGUCUCCAGCCUGGCAUCAGGUGCAAGGUGCUAUGGCAGUCGCUUCUGCUGCGCUUCCGAUCCCGGUCCACAGCUGCAAGCUGAUCGACCCCGUGGAAACAUACACGGUCCGUUUUGAGGAGGAAUGGUGGCUGCGGUAUCUACAGCGGUUGAAGACAUUUUAUUUCGGGACCUUCCUGCCGCUGGCAGCAAAGCGUGUGCUGCGGAAGUUGGGGCGGGCUUGA